AUGGCCUCUACACCUAAGUUCUGCAAGUGUUUGUUUGAGCUAAAUCGCAAUUUUGGAUUGCCUCAAGCUUUCAUGGAAAAGUACAACGAAAUCUUGCCGGAAGAAGUCGAGCUAAGAAUCAGCGGUGGCGCUACAUGGAAGGUAUGGGUGGAGAAACUCGAAGAAGGCGGCGGUUACUUGUUCACGAGAGGAUGGGCCAAAUUCUGUCGAGACAUGGGGCUUCAAAUCUCCGACACGCUUGUCUUUUCCUACUCGGGAAACUCUGCAUUCGACGUGUCCGUGUUUUUGUCCACGGGCUUGGAGAAGGAGUUGGACAUUGGCGCGAGCGCGACAAAGGGCGGCGAGCAGACCGAUUCCGGAGCUACGGGGAAUCCACGCUUCCCAUUUGUGUUGAAACCAAGUAACUAUAGUAAAAUGCGUCUUCCAACGGAUUUUGUGAAGGCGCAUGGUUUGAGUGGGGGAAUGAAACUAUGGUUGGAGUACUAUCCCGGCGGCGGGAAGUAUGAGGAAGCCCGGUUGGUCUUGGCGAAGGAGCGGCCUCCACGGGUUAUGGUCAAUGGAGGCUGGGUUUCAUUCUGCAAAACCAACAACCUUACUCCCGGCAAAACUUAA